UUUCUCUUGAUAAAAAAACAUUGAUACAAGCACAUAGAUAUGUGCUUUUCAACAACAAUAAUGUGGACCCCUUUCAAAGAGAACACAUUGAUCUUAUCAAGAGACAAAAUCGAAAUCGUCGGCUCUCACCAUAUGAACUCGACAGAAUUCAUUGUCAAACAUUUUCUGAUUGGUUUCGUGAACGAGUCGCACGAUUGGAAGAGCAAGGAAGUGUUAUUGUCACAUAUGAAAUCAAAUGGUUAGCACGUGGUCCACUAGAAAUAGUGAGAAACUAUAGUGGUUAUAUUGUUAAUGGGGUUAGAUUCCAUACAAAGAAGCGUGAAAGGUGCUUAAAGACUCAAAACAGUGGGAUUUGUGUUACUGUUAAGACAAGAAGUUAUGCUAGUUCAAGAGACAAACACCCUAAAGAAGGAGAAAUAAACUACUAUGGUGCAUUGACAGAUAUAGUUCAGUUGGAUUAUGCAGGGAAAUAUAAAGUUGUACUUUUCAAGUGUGAUUGGGUUGACAUAAAUAGGGGUUGCAGCAUUGAUAAUUUGGGCUUGCCAUUAGUAAAUUUUAAUUAUUUGCAACAUACAGGCAAUGAUAUAUGUGAUGACCCAUUUAUUUUUGCUUCUCAAGCCAAAAAAGUAUUCUAUGUGGAGAAUAAGAGACAAAAUGAUUGGUUUGUCGUUGUGCACGCUAAGGUUAGAGAUGUAUAUGAUUUGGGUGAUCUUCAAUCCAAUGCUAUAGAUAAUGGAAAUGAACAAGUCUUGGAAGAAAUAAAUGAUAAUGACUUAAUUAGACCAGAAGCUGAUGAUAGUGAUGAUAUCAUUGAAGUUCAAAUUAAUAUGGAGGACAUUCCCCGAAGUGACAUCCCCCAAAAUGAUGAGGAUUGUGAUACAGGGGAUGAUAGUGAGGAAGACUAUGUUUGUUUUCCUGUUAUUAAUGAUGGUUUUACUGAUUUUGUUUAAGGUGUGUAUUGCUAGUUUUAGAUCAUUGUAUUUCAAUUGAAGAGUUAAAGCAAGUACCAUGGGCAGACGGAGAAAGUUGAAGGUUGUUCAAACUGAUGGCCCAUCACUAGAAAAAGAGCAAUCAGUUGAUAGUUCUAAUGAAGUCAACAAAGAGGGAAGUCAUAGUGAGACCCAUUGUGAAAAGAAGACUAGAGGUUAUACACAUAUGUUAGAUGUAUGGGACAUGCCUGAUGGAGAAUUUAUACUUAUUGAAGUGGAUAGUUUGGGUAAUCCCAUGGGUUGGGAAGGGAAGACUCUACUGAAUGCAAUAGGCAGCUUGGUAAGGAGACACCAAUGUGCUCCUAUCAACCAUAUUUCUUGGAAAGACAUGCUUGAGACUGAUAUUACCAACAUGUUUGAUUUAAUUAAGAGUAAGUUCCGAUUUGUUCCUGAAUUGACCGAGCAAACAACACAAAUACUAAAGGAUAACAUGAGCAGUAAGUGGAGACAAUUUAAGCAUGAUUUGAAAUCAAAAGGGUAUGAUGAAAGCAAAACUGAAGAGGAAAUGGCUUCUAUCAUCCCUGACACAAGAGUUGAUCCGUCCCAAUAUCGUGCUUUAGUGCACCAUUGGUGUUCCAAGGAAGGGAAGAAAAUAAGUCAAAUCAACAAAAGGAAUCGCUCAAAAUAUGAGGAUUUACAUUGCAUGGGAACCAAGAAUCUUCCGAGGCUAAUUCAUGAGAUGACAACGAAGGCUAUAGGAGUGCAACCUUCUCGAGCUGAAAUUUAUAUUGAAACCCGAACUCGAAAAGACGGGAGCAUUGUGACUGAAAAGGCAGCUUCAACAAUUGAGGAGUUAAAGAAGCAUAUGGCAGAGGUAGAAAAUUCAGAAAAUUUUCAAGUCACUGAAGAUUCUACAAAUUGGAUGAAUGAUACAUACUCAAAAGUGAAAGGGCCUGAAAGAAGAGGACGUGUGCGUUGUCUUGGCAAACUUCCACGACAUGCUAGUUCAAAUAUUUCAUCUCAACGCACUAAUUCAGAAGAUAGACUUCAAAAAGUAGAAAGUGUACUUGGAAAUCUUGUUGCUGUGCUUCAAAUGCGAUUUUCUGAUGAUCCACAAAUUAAUGCUGUCUUACAGGCUGUAGCUCAAGAGGUACCUGAUGUUGCAAGUGCUCCAAAUGGUUCUAUUGGUAAUAAUCAACAAACUACAAGUGGCACUGGUUCACUGCACUUUUAAGGUGCAUUGAUGGAGAAGAGGAAGAUGAUCUGGUUUUGGCGGAACAUGAUGUGAAGAAAAGUAUAUGAUUGUUCUUGAUAGGGUAGAACCAUAUAAAAACUGUGUCUGUCAGUUUCUGCAUCUUAUAAGUAGUAAAACUCAUUUUGUGUAAUUUGGUGUUGUCUUUAGUUAUAUGAUUUGUCCACAUUGGUGAAUAAUACCUUGAGAAUAUAUUCUGGUGUUGAUUUUAGUUUAUAUGAUGAUUGGUGAAUAAUACCUUGAGAAUA